UAGAAUUCCCCCAACCUUACCUGUUAUGUCACAUUAAAACCCAAUAAUAGUGAGCUACAAUUCCCCCAACCCCACCUGCAAACAGGUGUUCUGGACGAGCCGGCCAGCUCACAUGCUCUCUGACCUGUCUCUUUAAGCGACAGCAGCUCUCUUAAUUAGCUGCUCCAUCAAAUUACCAAAAUGCAUGUGUUUCCAUCAGAAGGUGCCAACGGCUUCUGCCCCUUCAACUUGCAGAAGAAGGGCCUUUGCCACGCAGACUGCUUCAACAGCUACAACAAUCUUCCUGCCACCUUCGCCCGCAGAAUAAGAGAUCGAGCAUCAGGAAUAGCCAGUAAACAAUAAGUGUCUGAAUCGCCGUUUGACACAACCGCAGAAAAGCCAAAUUCAGGAUGAAAAUGGAAUUACAUCCCACAAAAGAAAACCAAGACUGAUAGGAUGAACAUGGCAUCCAUGGGCAAUCUGUAUAGGUCAAUCCAAAUAGAUGUGGUAAAAGUCUUUUUUGUUUUUUCGCGAAAAAUGUUGAUUGUUAAGAUAAUAAAGGCGGCAGUAGAGGAAAUGCAACAAGUUGCCGUCAACAUGGAACUCCACUGCAAUAAAUAAGAGGAGCAGAUGAUGAGAGCAGCCAGAGGAUGUGCAGAAAGGGAUAGAUGAAUGCAAUUUAUAUUAAAAGAGAGAAGGAAUUGAAGAUCUGCGAACCAGAUCGACCUCUCGCUCUCUGCCUUUCCUUUUUCCUUUUUGCUCUCACCAUGACUGGUCCUCAUCAGAUAUGCCCAUCAUCGUCCACCACUUCAAAUUAGCCACAGAAAUGGGAAAAGCCAGCAAAUGGCUGAGAAGCUUCUGGGGCAGGAACAAGGAGCAGGUCAAGGACAAAGAAAAGCUAAACCAAACGUCUUCAAAUGAGGACAGAUCCGCCCCAACCGCAAGUCAAAUUCCAAAAGAGAAACGCAGAUGGAGUUUCUCCAGAUCGAAUCCUAAGGAUUCAAAUUCACCCAAUUCUUCUGCUGCAAACGCCGAUGCCACCACAACUGGCUCCAUUAUAUCCGCCUGUGAAUCGGAGAGUGAACAAAAGAAGCAUGAAAUUGCAGCUUCAGCAAAAGAUACCGUACUCGUUGGUGAUACUGCCGCUGCUGUCAGUAGGCUUAUCCUCGUGUCAAGCCAGCUGACUGUAGCUGAGGAAAUCGCUGCCAUUAAGAUUCAAGCUGUUUUCCGUUCUUAUCUUGUUGGCUCUCACUUGCUAUUUCUUGCUCUAAACUCCAAGUUAACAAAUUCAAAAUGUACUAACUUCUGCUUUCUGCAGGCAAGAAAAGCUUUGCGAGCACUCAAAGGCUUGGUGAAGUUGCAGGCCCUAGUGAGAGGUCAUCUAGUGAGGAAGCAGGCUACUGCCACUCUGCGGUGCAUGCAAGCACUUGUAACAGUUCAGGCCCGAGCCCGAGCUCAAAGAAUUAGAAUGACUGAAGAAGCACGAUAUCAUGCUCUGCAAUUAUCUGAUCCCAAGAGAACAAAUCAUGAACACCAAUUCAGAUGUUCAUAUAAUCCUGACAGAAGGAUUGAGAACAUAAAAAUUGUCGAGAUAGACAUGAGUGGAAGCGGGGAUACCUCAAAGGGGACAGCCAAUUCUAGGCCCGUGCCACCCCUUCCAAAGCUGGAUUGCACCAAAUCCGCUGCUCUAACCGAAUUAGCCGAUGACAGAGAAUGGGUCUGCAAAAAGGACACGGAGGAAUAUUCAACUAUAACAACACAUAGCACCUCACAGUAUUCAUCAGCCAAGCCCAUGCCAGAUACAACUGGAGGUUCAUUUGGAGCUUGGACAGCUGAAUACUCGCAACCAAUUUUCAGUGACAGCUUUUUCCCCAAUUACAUGGCCAACACAGAAUCUUCAAGAGCUAAAGCUCGGUCACAGAGUGCACCAAAGCAGAGACCUGAUUCGUUUGAGAAGGUUCUGGCUAAGAGGCGUGCAUCUAUGGAUAACAAGAGCGUACCCUGCGGAAUCCGGAUGCAAAGGUCAUCAUCACAUGUAGCUUCAUCCUGCAAAAGCUAUCAACACGCAGGCACCAUCAAACUUGACAGAUCGUCAAUUUCUCUGAGGGACAGUGAAUGUGAUUCCACCUGCUCCAUGCUUGCAAAUACUAAUUACCGCAGAUCAUUCAUUCGCAUAGAUGCGUCUAGCAAGAGGAAUUGACUCCAGCUCUUACUGAAUCACGAGUGAAUUGUGAAACGGCAAGAAAUCUGAAAAUACAGAAAUUACACAGGCCAGCUCUGUAUGGACAGAUAAAAGGGCAGAUUUCAGAUGCUUAAGAUGCAAAACAGUGCUUUAGAAAUAUAUUAAAGGCACAAAUUUUGUCACGUUUUCUGGCAAAAAGUUUUUUCCUGACCCAGACUGUAUAUAAGCUAGUUGGGUGAUGAUGUUCGCUGUGAAAUUCAAUAUUGCAGGUGGUAAGAAGGGAUUGUAAACGGUAUGAAGUUGAAAUUUCGGGAUCAAGUCCAACCCCAUUUUGUUUACUGAGUUUUCCCUUGUAAGGUGGUAGGGGUCACCCUCAGUUCAAUUCAAAGAACCAUUUUCUUUU